AUGUCAAAACGAGAAAUAGGUUUAAUUGAGAGGCAAAUUGACCAUCUCCGCCCUACAUCAAUAUAUAUUAAUAAAACAGAAAGGCUGAUUAAGCAAAAAUUGGUCAUGACUAUGGUUGAUGGUAAGAUCUGCAACGCCAUCACUGAAACUUCCUCUUCAAUAUGCUACAUUUGCGGGUCAACUCCAAAGAAGAUGAAUAAUUUAGAAAACCAAAAAAUUGUAAAAAAUCCAAAGUAUUAUUGUUUUGGAUUAUCAAGCCUCCAUGCUUGGAUUAGGUGUUUCGAAUGUUUGUUACACAUUUCUUACCGAUUGGAUAUUAGGAAAUGGCAAAUCAAGAAAGAGGAUAAAGCCAAAUGUGAUAAAAGAAAACAAAACAUUCAAGACAAAUUUAAAACCAUGAUGGGACUUUUGGUAGAUAGACCAAAACCUGGAGGAAGUGGAAAUUCCAACGACGGAAAUACGGCCAGACCUAUUGCUGCCGCCAGUGCCGGGCUUAUCACACCAUUGGGUUACGGACUUGCCCCAUUGGCUGUAGUAGCAAGAGGCCAUGGAUUAGAAGGAGAAUGGGUACCGGACAACCUAGACAAACUCUACGAUGACGGUUCCUACAAACCCGAAUUGAGAGCGGCCGAAUUGGCCUUAUCUCCAUAUGGUUUGACACCAGCCGGAUCUGGAUUGGAAGGUGCUUACGUACCAGAAGCCAGACACGUACCAUUGGCCCCAUCCCCAUACGGUUUGACCCCAGCUGGUUCCGGACUCGAAGGUGCUUACGUACCUGAAGCCAGGGCUGUACCAUUAGCCCCAUCGCCUUAUGGAUUGACCCCAGCUGGAUCCGGCUUGGAAGGUGCCUAUGUACAUGAUCACACAGAAAGAUUGUACGAUGAUGGUUCAUACAAACCUGAAAUUUACUACUAG